AUGACCGACCCCUUCUCCUACGAAUACCCCUGGCCCCUCGCAGGCUACGAGGGAUUGGAACCUCUUGGGGAGUUCGCACCUCCCUCACCUACCUGUACCUCUGGACAUACUCCGUAUGGAUGGAUAGUAUCUGACGGAUGGGUAUUGCAGAACAACCCCGAACAAGUAGCCUACGCAAAAGCUCUCCACGAGCGGAUUCGGAGGGAAUUUCCCGAACUUCGCAUCUACCGCUUCUUCGACCACCCCGUCGGCCCGCACCCCGUCGCCAUGUUCGAAGUGAACCUGUUCACACCCGCCCAGUUCGGGGCUUUUAUUCCCUGGCUGGUGAUCAACCGCGGGCCGCUGAGUGCGCUGGUGCAUCCGAAUACGGAUGCGGAGGGCGAGGAGGUUAGGAAUCAUACGCAGCGCGCGACGUGGUUGGGGGAGAGGUUGCCGUUGGAUUUGAGGUUGCUUAGGGAGAUUGAUCGGAGGGCUGUAGAACAGACUAAGAAUAAGGAGGAGGAUAAGGUUAUAUCUCAUAAUUAUCCAUCAUCAGGUGAAUGGAUAUUACUAUUACUACUAUUCGAUAUUGUCUACGUAUAUACAGACGCCCUUUCGACGAAUGCUUUAACCAGUUGUGGAGAUUCUUUCCCUCUGUACUUUCACUACUCUUAG